AUGUCGUUGUGGCCCGGAUUUACCUGCCAUGUGUCGAAAGACGUGUUUACGUUUGUCCCGAGCAACCGUGGGGAAAGCACGCGGCCAAUGCAGAAGCUCAUCGUCGAUCGCCGUGCCAACGCUCUGCGUCUAGAGUCCGUCGUGCCCGGGGAAGAGAUUCUCAACCAUGAAAAGAAGUUUAUCGUACACGGUAUUCUCGGCAUCAUUUCUCUCCACACGACCGACUUUCUGAUUGUGAUUACGAACAGGAAAAAGGUGGCCAACAUCGUGGGUGCGAACGUGUAUCUCGCCACGGACUUCCGAAUGCUUCCCGUGAAGAGUGAUGCGGAUCCGACCUUGCUCAGGCACCCCAUCGAGAAGGGGCUCCUUGCCCUCAUCAAGGAGUCGCUCUAUUCCGGCCCGCUCUAUUUUUCGUACGAGUUUGACCUCACGAGCAACCUGCAGCGCCAGGUCAAGCUGGGUGCGGGGAAAGAUACUGCGGCUAUUCCUUUGUGGCGCCGCGCCGACACCCGCUUUUUUUGGAACUAUGGACUGCAGAAGCGCUUUAUCGAGUUUACCGAAAUCAACCCCGCCGAAGACCUCUCUGCGUUCAUCAUGCCCGUCUUGUUCGGCUUCCUGGAAGUCAAGCUUGCGACUAUCACCGGUCGCUCGUUUCUUUUGGGUCUGAUUGCGCGUCGCUCGCGCUUCCGUGCGGGUACGCGCUACUUUUCGCGCGGUAUCGACACCGAGGGUCACGUCUCCAACUUUAAUGAGACGGAGCAGUUUAUUUUGCUUGAUCCGCCCAAGAAGCCCGAGCCUCAGGACAUGGAGGAGGUAGAAGGCAAGCUGCGUAUGAGCUUUGUACAGACCCGCGGCUCUGUCCCCGUCUUUUGGGGCGAGGUAAACAACCUGCGCUACAAGCCCGACCUUGUCAUUGAAGACUCGCACCUGACGAUGCCCGCAAUUGAGAAGCACAUGUCCGAACAGGUCGCGAUCUACGGCAAGAACUACUUGGUCAAUCUCGUAAAUCAGAAAGGGUACGAGAAACCAGUCAAGGAGGCGUACGAGCGCGCCGUUUCCCAACUCGGCAAUCCUCUUGUCCAGUACGACUACUUUGACUUCCACCACGAGUGCAAAGGCAUGCGCUUUGACCGCGUCUCUAUCCUCCUUGAGCAGCUCCAGCGCGAAGGACUCUCCUCCACCGAUUACUUUUCUCUGGACCUCAACAGCGUCCCGCGUCUCCAGCUGCAAAAGUCGGUUGUUCGCACCAAUUGCAUGGACUGCCUGGACCGUACCAAUGUUGUGCAAAGCGCCAUUGCGCGCUGGGUACUCAACGCACAGCUCCACUCUGCCGGUAUCCUUGCACCGUCUGACAGCAUCGACAACUAUCCCCAGUUUUUGCACUUCUACCGCAAUGUCUGGGCCGACCACGCGGAUGUGGUUAGCAAGGCGUAUUCCGGCACUGGCGCACUCAAAACCGACUAUACACGCACGGGCAAGCGCUCUAUAGAGGGCGCACUCCAGGACGGUAUCAACUCUUUGACCCGUUACGUGAAGAACAACUUCUUUGACGGAAAACGGCAGGAUGCAUACGACUUGAUCACGGGCGCUUGGGAUCCUCAGUUCGAGAUGCCUUUUCCCGACACGCGCUCUUGGAGCGUGCAGCUCAUGCCAUGGCUCUUCUUCCUCUCUCUAUUUUUUUUUACCUCCUUCUUUUUCCUCGAUCCCGAGCCUGUGCGUGCACACAAGCUCGAGGUGGGGCCUGUUUCGGCUUUCCCCAUCAUCUGGGGCUGCACGGCGCUUUUCUCGCUAAUCUUUAUAUGGCAGCACGGAGUCGAAUACGUUUGCUGGCCCUCGUUGAGACGACCCGUGCGUCUGAUUGAUUUUGUCGGCCCUGGCUACUACUCUGGUUUGCACGGCCGCAAAGGCACCCCCGCCGAUCCCGCACGCCUCGCCAAAGCGCGCGCCGCACAGAAAAAGAUGCAAUAG